AAAUUGGCAUAAUUCAUAAAAGGAAAACAACAAUUCACAAAUGUUUGUCGGCUUGGGAAGGUCAUUGCUUAAUAAAAAAAUAGGCAGCGUAUUUUUAUUAACCUCCGGCGUAAAGAAAAUUUUUCUAAACCCAAAUAAUUACGUCAAAUUUUUAACAAAAAUAGAACGGAAUCUCGAGUACAGCACUUCUUGCAACAUGUCGAAAACUGCAUUAGUUAUACUUGCACCUGGCGGCGAAGAAAUGGAAUUCGUUAUUGCCGCUGAUGUCUUGCGGCGAGCCGGGGUUAAAGUCACGGUUGCCGGUCUGCUUGGUGGAGAUGCUGUGAAAUGUUCGCGCGAUGUUUGCAUUGUACCCGACACUUCAUUGGAUAUUGCAAAGGGCAGCAUAUAUGAUGCCAUUGUUUUACCUGGCGGCCUUGGUGGUGCCAAAGCAAUGUCAGAAAAUGCUGAACUCGGCGCACUACUCAAAGAACAAGAGGCCGCCGGACGUAUUGUGGCAGCAAUUUGUGCUGCGCCUACAGCACUAGUGGCUCACGGCAUUGGUACUGGCAAGAGUUUGACUUCGUAUCCAUCGGUAAAGAAACAAUUGGAGGAUGCUUACCAAUAUGUUGACGAUCAGAAGGUGGUACAGGAUGGAAAUUUAAUAACCAGUCGUGGACCUGGUACGGCUUUUGACUUUGGCUUAAAACUGGCUGAAGUAUUGGCUGGAGCCGAUAAAGCCAAGGAAGUAGCAAAGGGCAUGCUACUAGCAUAAAUAGAAUCAUAAACUUCAUACUGUAAUAAUAUAUAUUCAAUGUAAUUGAAAUAAAACUAUACAUUUAUAUGCUCAAAGCAAUAAAAA